GUAGGUACUACAAAAUCUUCCUUCUCCACAACCAAAAUUAUUUUAUCGCAGCACUUCCAACAUUCCCCCAUCACUGCAUUAUCCACUUCAAUGGAACCAGAUACAAGUUAUCACAGCAAUGUCAAUUGCAGUGGUGACUGUGAUAUCAUUACCUGGUUUGAAGAUGUGUCCAUGAACGCCAGUUCCGUUCAGACUCAGAUACUAUGCAGUAUUCUGAAGCAGAACUAUGGGGUGGAAUAUCUGAAGAAAUGGUUGGGGAACUACAAUAUCUCAGAGAUGGAUGCAAGUGCAUUGGAAUCCCUUUUCACUAGUGUGGUUCCCCUUGCCUCACUUGUGGAUUUUGAGCCAUAUAUCCAAAAAAUUGCAGAUGGAGAAACAGGUCCUAUACUCACUCAACAACCCAUGACCACUCUUUCCUUAAGUUCUGGAACCACAGAGGGAAGGCAAAAGUUUGUGCCCUUUACAAGCCAUAGUGCACAAACUACCCUUCAAACUUUCACUUUAGCAGCAGCCUAUAGAUCAAGGGUUUAUCCCACAAGGGAAGGAGGUAGGAUUCUUGAAUUCAUAUACAGCAGCAACCAGUUCAAAACAAAAGGAGGCUUAUCAGUAGGAACAGCCACAACACACUACUAUGCAAGUCAAGAAUUCAAAAUCAAACAAGAAAAAACAAAGUCAUUCACUUGCAGUCCUUAUGAGAUCAUUUCAGCAGGGGACUAUAAACAAUCCACAUACUGCCACCUCCUUCUUGGCCUCUUCUUCUCUGAUCAAGUGGAGUUUAUUUCUUCAGCUUUCGUCUACGGCAUUGUGCAAGCCUUUCGCAGUUUCGAAGAGCAUUGGAGGGAAUUGUGCAGUGACAUUAGACAUGGUACUCUAAGUCCACGAAUCAAACUACCACAAAUGAGAGAUUCUGUUUUGGGAAUCAUCACUUUAUCAAAUCCCUCAUUGGCUUCAAAACUAGAAGCCUCUUGCCAGGAGCUAGAACUGGUAAAUUGGUUUGGUUUGGUUCCGAAGCUUUGGCCAAAUGCUAAGUACAUAUAUUCCAUAAUGACAGGUUCUAUGCAACCAUACUUGAAGAAGCUUAGGCAUUAUGCAAAUGGGUUGCCAUUAGUAAGUGCUGAUUAUGGCUCAACUGAGAGCUGGAUAGGAGUUAAUGUGGAUCCUGGUUUGGCUCCAGAGAGUGUUACAUUUGCUGUUGUGCCCACUUUCUCUUACUUUGAGUUCAUACCACUUUACAGACAGAAACAAGAUCAUUCAAGUGCUUCAGUUGGGGAUGAUUUCAUGGAAGACAGACCAAUCCCACUAUCCAAGGUUAAGGUUGGACAAGAGUAUGAAAUAGUGCUCACAACUUUCACUGGACUAUACAGGUGCAGAUUAGGAGAUGUGGUGGAAGUGGCUGGUUUCCACAACGGUACACCAAAAUUGAACUUCAUAUGCAGAAGAAAACUGAUUCUAACAAUAAACAUAGACAAGAACACAGAGAAGGACCUUCAGAUGGUGGUGGAGAAAGGGUCACAUGUGCUGAACCAGGAAUCCCAAGCAGAGGUAGUUGAUUUCACAAGCUAUGCCGACGUGUCGAACCCGCCGGGUUGCUAUGUUAUUUUCUGGGAGAUGAAAGGAGAAACAGAGGAGAAGGUGCUUGAAGCGUGUUGCAGGGAAAUGGAUGCAGCUUUUGUUGACCAUGGCUAUGUUGUGUCGAGAAAAACAUGUUCAAUAGGGCCAUUGGAGCUUCGCAUUGUUGAGAGUGGAACUUUCAAGAAGAUAUUGGAUUGUUAUGUGGCGAGUGGUGCAGGGUUGGGACAGUUCAAGACACCUAGGUGCACCAACAACCCUGUCCUCCUCAACAUUCUUAAUGCAUGCACCAUUAAAACAUUCCGGAGUACAGCUUAUGGUUCAAACCGACCAUGAUAUAAUGCAUCAUUGCUUUUGUUCCCUUUUUUCUUCCAAAUGUAUCAUGAGGACAGGUUUUGUUCUUGUGAACAAGAGUGAAGUGAUUGCCGGAGGCAAUGAGCUAGCUAGGACACCUUUUAAAUAAGCAAUUCCUUCCUUCGGGCUGUUAUAUGGUUUUCUUAGUUUAGAUUUUCUUUAAGGAUGUUGGUGGAUUAGUUUUGAAUUUUUGGAGAAAAAGGUAAACUGAUCUUAAGCUAAAUUUAGCUUCAAAUUCGUAGUAGGAAAAUUAGGACUACUUCCGGGUGAUUUUCAGUUUUGAAAAAUAAAACUAGUUUUCAAUAUUAGCUUGGGUUUU